AUGUCGAGACGACGACACAAAGACGACGAACUCAAUUUCGACAUACACGUUGACGCUUCUUGCUUGCCCGAGGCAACUCAUGAAGAGCAUAACCAAUCUGAUAUCACAGAGCCACGAAACAGCACCAUGGCCGUCCCGAGUUCAAACGACUUCAAUGCCGAAUCCGAGGGCUCGAAUGCCACGAUCCUGAACGGCGUCGAGGUGGAGAAUAUUGAAUUUUCGAGCAGACGAGCGUCGACUCUAUCAAAUGUGUCGUAUGAGAGCGACAGACGUCCGGCAAUUCAGCCGGCGUCUGGCUUUAGCAAGUCGGCGCGCAACUCCUACGCCAGCGCCUCCGAAGACAGGCAUUCGGUAGGAGGCUCUGAACAGACUGGCGGCCGAGUCUCUAUCGGCGAAAGCAGUUCUCAGCAUGGGCAAGAUGAUGACGUGUUUAGCGACCACAGCCCGAGGAGUUCGACAGGUUCAAAUGCCGAGGCAGACCAUCUGAAGCAACCCCAACCCGAUUCUCGAAGAACGACUGGUGGAUCAAGAAUUUCUGAUAUGCAGCCAUACGACCCAGAUGAAGAAUUUGUACCGACAGUCAGAGAGACACCCCGUCCGCCAUUUCGAUCACCCUCUUCCGUCAAGGCCAUGCAGAUGAACUCCCCGCCACCGUCAGUCACGGGCUCGAGCCGCUCAAACCGCAGAGCUACUCGAUCAAGUGUUUCACGAAUGGGAUCCCCCGCCGUCUCCACACAGUUCUCCCCCAAAAAGACACCACCACGAUUCAAGAGGAACACCCCACCACUUGUCCUGCUGCAUGCUACCUUACUGCCCUUGCGGUGGCCAUGGGGUGACUUGAUGGAUAAUACCCGGCCAAGCGAGCUCAGCGACGCUGGCAAGAGUCUACGUGAUGCAUGGAAACAGCUACAGGCUCGAGUCGGAGACACAGUUUCUGACCGUGGCGUUUUGCUGCCACAUCCCCAAAACGACUUUGAAGUCUUGGAGGAGCGGCUCCUCGAGGCUAUGGAGCUUCCGCUUCGACGUCGUGCCCGCAUCCUCGAAUGCGGACACUAUUUGGGGCCGGCCAAUGAAAUGGAAAUGACAGAUGAUGAAAUUGUCAGCGACGAGGAAGAUGUUGAAGAAUACCCCACCACAACAGACAAGCGCCAUUGGUGUUCGACCUGCCAGUCUGAUAUUCGAUAUGAUUCUCUAGGAGAAGGCAAAGUUUUUCGGACAAAGGUAUACGCCAGCAACGGCCUUAUGAAGGCCGGCGCCUGGGAUGCUUGCUGGAAGGAAAUGGAGAGAGUCGAUGUUGAGUUAGAACCAAUUCUUGAUCCAUCAGUUGUGGAUGAGCUCGAGCGUAUCGCAGCUACCCAGGAGCGUGAGGCUAUAGAAGCUGAAAUCGCAGCAUCAACUCACAUCGGUGGAGCUGAACCCGACAACUCUUUCGACGCAUCUCCCAACCAUGACGAUGAACGAGAGCUGUACGAGGAGAGGAUGCGCGAGAUAUAUGGUCAACCUGAAAGUCACGACACUACCCCAGCAGAAAUGGAGACAGAGAUUCCGGUCGAUCCCAAAGUCUCUUCGCAGCCGGAGUCAAGUCCCCCGACAACGAGUGCGUGGAGCGGUCCCUGGUCUGACCUAUUCAGAUAUGGAUUUCGCGACGUUGUUCAACUGAUUGUGUUCAUUCUCUGUGUACUUCUUCUCCAGUAUAUGGGAAUCGGGUUCGAAAGAACAGGAAAGGCCGAAUCUGGAAAAAGUGAAGAGUUGUUGCCGAUAUCUACUGCGGUGUCACAAGAAACCUCUGGCACUGAGAAGCGUGUCGGAGAUUCUGGCUCUGGGCGCGCCGCUGUUCCAUUGCUGAACUCCGUGCAGGUGUCUUACGCGGCCUGCGCUUCCGCCCUUGAAGCUGCACAAGCGUUGUUGGCUCUGGGCAUGCCAACGUCAACCGUAACGGUGACGGAAACUGUCUCUAUGACCGUGGUAGAGACGCGUACCGCAGAUGUACAGUCCCAGCUGGACAAGCAGUUGGCAUCAGAAGCUGAAGGUGCCCACACGGAAGCAACGUUUCCUCAGACAGAGGUGCCCGUUGGGAAAGCGGCUAACGUGGGAGUAGAAGCAGAGGAUGUGGAAGUGGUGGAUUGGGAAGUGGUGGAUUGGGAAGUGGAGGAUGUGCAACUAAAGGUUGCGGAUGUGUAUCCGUUGUCUGACGCUGAUGGAAAGACGGAAUUAUAA